GUUGAGUCUCCACCACCGAUUGGUCAGAUUUGUCCGCAUCGAAACUGCAGCAACGGUUUUCAUCUCCCAGAGAGGAUAAAAGCAACGCUGUUAAGCGGCAAAACUCACAGUCAACUCUUGCUGAAAGUUAACUGGAACCUCACCAAGAUUUUCAACCACAAAAUGUCUGAUCUGGAGAAUGCCCUGGUGACAAUUAUUGAAACUUUUCACAAGUAUAGUGGCAAAGAUGGAGAUAAACUGAAGCUGAAGAAGGCGGAUCUGAAGAACCUCAUUAACAAUGAGCUCAGCAACUUCAUUGGGGACUUCAAAGACCAGGAGACCCUGGACAAGCUGAUGGAAAGCCUAGACACUGAUGGUGAUGCAGAAUGUGACUUCCAGGAGUUUGUUGCAUUCAUUAGUAUGGUAACUGCAGCGUGUCACGAGUUCUUCGUGCAGAAGGAUGAGUAGGCAGACCAUAUAGUCAAAACAAUGGCACUGUGUCGUGAGACGCUGUUGGCGUAGAUGCUGUGGAAGUAACAAGCAGCUCCAGGCAGGCAGGUUGCUUGCAAACUAAUCUUCACCACCUUGUAGCUGGGAAAAAGCCCCUUGUCCUGCAUAAUGCAUAGGGCUUCAAUAACAGAUGCUGAGGGCAACAAUAACCCUACAAGAAAUGUGUCAACUGAUGAAUAUUAUUAAAUAAUUAGAUUUGUUUAACUUGGUAAAGAAUUACCAGUCUCUCCUUGAACAGCUGAAUGGGUAUAUAAGGGCACCUGUUGAUAGUAAUUGAUAAAUAAAAUCUCACGUGUUGGUCAAUUGCACAA